AUGGAUCAAAAACGCCGAGAUAAUGGACUUCCCGAUGGUUGGCGACGUGAAGAAGUUGUGCGGAAGUCGGGUCUCUCUGCAGGCAAAACAGAUGUAUAUUAUUACAGCCCUGAUGGUAAAAAAAUCCGCAGUAAGCCACAACUAGCCAGAGCUCUGGGUGAUGCCAUGGAACUCAGUGCAUUUGAUUUCAGAACAGGGCGUGUCAAUUUUAAUGCCUGUCGUAAAAGUAAGGGACACAAAGGAUCAUCUUUUGACUUUGCCAGAGGUUGGCAUGAUACCAGCCUAGUACUACCUAUACGACAAACAGCUUCAAUAUUUAAACAACCAGUAACAUUAAUACGAAACAGGCCAGAGAGUAAAACACGAUCAGAUAUAAAACAGGGUGGAGAUCAGCCUGCUCAACCUAGACAGUUAUUUUGGGAGAAGAGACUACAAGGUUUAAAGCCCUGUGAUAAUUCAGAUGAAGUCAUACAGUCCAUGGAUCUACCUAGAAACAUGCAGGGUGUUGGACCUAAUCUAAGUACAGAGAAUAUCUUGCAGAGUAUAUCAGCUGCUCUGCAUAUUGGAACUCUGCCUGUAACUGGUCAACUGGCUAGUAAGGGGUCAAUAUUAAAGAACCCGGGGGUUAAUAUCGACUCAAACCAGCCCCUGAUUCAACAGAUGUUGGUUAGUGACGAAGAUAUUAGAAGACAGGAGAUGAACGUUAAGAUUGCUCGCAGGAAUCUACAAGACGCCAUGAUCAAAGCCUAA